CAGUUUGCAGUGCGGGGUAUAAAAGCCACUUGGUGGCGGCACGAGUGGACAGUGUCCAGCGAUCGAGUGGCCCAGGCAGUACCCCGCAUCUCAAACACACACAAUGAAGAUCCAAUUUCUAUCCAUUUUGGGGUAUCUGCUGGUGGGAUGUGCUGCUCUCUCCGAGGCCAGCUUUCUGCCUGCCACUACCCUAGGGGUUCCCGCUGCAGUGGCACCCGCUGCAUUGGUGCCACCACCCACCAGUUAUCAGUUUGUGGCACGCAAUUGGAAUCGCUUCUAUGUUCCAACAACAACAGCCACUGGUGUGGCCACGUAUCAUCCACCAGCCACAACCUACUACAAGUACAGUGGUGGCUAUCCAGCGUAUCCUUCCGCGUACCCUGCUGUCUAUCCUUCAGGCUAUCCCGCUGUGUAUCCUUCGACAUAUCCCUAUGGCUAUGGCUAUAAUCCCUACUACAAUUAUGGCCAUGGCUACAAGAGUGUCUGGUGAUCAGUACGGCAGCAGCAAACAUCAUUCUAUUUUGUGAUAAUAUUCGACACCAAAUCAACGUAUUAUAAUGAAAAUAAAUAACGCAUGUAUUACCAA